CAAAUGAAAACAAAGGAAUUCCUUUUCCCAAAGUGCAGAGGCACAGCCAAAGCGCAAGUUCACGCGAACUCUCUUCGAGGAAGUAUCUUCUAUGCUUCAAUUUUCAUUCAACAUUUGACCAGCGCUGAUAUCACUCCCAUUCGGAUUCUAAAAGAAAACUAAAUUGUGUGAAAAAAUCAAUUGAUUCGGAUUUCAGUGUUCUGUGGACUUUCUUUAUUUUUUAACUUUUCACUCCAAAUUGUGCCCAAAUUAACAUAAAUUACGAGCAUUUGUCCCACAAUCGAAGUGUAAUAUUGACCAAAAACUUCCUUUAAAACAUAAUCAUUUUAAUGCCAAAGUCUUUUUCACAUUCCCUUUAAACUUGACAUUGAAAAACUUCCAUCAACAAUACGCUGGAACUUAAAAAGAAUUAAAAACAAAAAUCAAUACAUUCGAUAUUGAGAGGAAACACUGUUGUUCUGGUUCUGCGAAGAUAUGAGUGAACGACAACCACUUCUGCAGCUCCAGGAGCAAAUCGAACAGGAACAUGGACGCACCAUCGCUCGACCCGAUCUCCGCACCUCGCCUGACAAUGGCCUGGUCGAUGUCCAGAGCGACAACAGCCUUGAUUCGUUGGAGAAACAAUCAAAGAACGACUACCGCCCCUCGGAACAUCGCACAAACGAACAUCCAACCUCGAAUUUGGAUACCUUAGUGCAUUUACUCAAAGGCAACAUCGGAACUGGGAUUUUAGCUAUGCCGGACGCUUUUAAAAACGCGGGUUUGUACAUCGGUUUGGUGGGAACACUGAUUAUGGGCGCAAUUUGCACACACUGCAUGCACAUGCUGGUCAAUUGUUCUCAUGAACUCUGCAUGCGGCUGCAAGUGCCUGCGUUGAGUUUCCCCGAAGUGGCAGCUGCCAGUUUGGACACCGGUCCGAUAGCUCUGCGAAGAUACUCCCGUGCCGCGACUAAAACCAUCACGACUUUUCUCUGUGUGACGCAAUUCGGUUUCUGUUGUGUGUACUUUCUGUUUGUGGCGCUAAACGUUCAAGAGGUCGUCUCGCACUAUUUUGUAAAGCUCGACGUCCGAAUAUACCUCAUGAUUCUCCUCAUUCCUAUGAUCCUGAUCAACAUGGUGAGGAAUCUGAAAUUCAUAACGCCGAUGUCGCUAUUUGCAUCCAUACUCACUGUCACUGGCCUGGGCAUCACCUUCUACUACAUGCUGGACAACUUACCCCACGUGGACACGGUGACCCAUAUGGGAUCGUGGUCUACCCUACCGCUCUACUUCGGAACAGCUAUCUACGCCUUUGAGGGAAUCGGGGUCGUUUUGCCGCUCGAGAACAACAUGGCGAAUCCUCAAGACUUCGGAGGAACCACCGGAGUUCUGAACACAGGAAUGGUGACUGUCGCCUCCGCAUACACAGCUGUUGGAUUUUUCGGAUAUUUGAAGUACGGUGACAAAGUCGAGGGCAGUGUCACUCUCAAUCUCCCCCCAGAUGAGAUUCUCUCCCAGGUCGUUCGCUUGGCCAUGGCAGUCGCAAUCUUCUUCUCAUACACCUUGCAGUUUUAUGUCCCCGUCAAUAUCAUCGAGCCCACAGUUCGCGAUCAUUUCGAGACCGAAAGAGGCAAAGAUCUCGCCGCCAAUGGACUUCGCAUAAUGAUGGUGACAUUCACGUUUGUCCUUGCCGCCUGCAUUCCCAAUCUCGGACCGAUUAUCUCACUUGUAGGAGCCGUCUCCAGUUCCAUAGUCGCUCUCAUUGCUCCACCCAUCAUUGAAAUGAUUACAUUCUGGCCAGUUGGUUAUGGUCGCUACAAUUGGAUGCUCUGGAAGGAUAUAGCCAUUUUGAUUUUUGGACUUUUGGGCUUUGUAUUCGGAACAUACACCAGCGUUGCACAAAUUCUCAACCCACCAGUAAAUAUUUAAGUUAAUUGAUUUUUCUUUUUAAAAUUAGUGAAUUAUCGUACAAAACAUAUUUUGAGGUAAAGUUUAACAAAACAAAAAUAAUUAUUUAACACAAAAGCCAGUGAGGUAUAGAUACAUAUAAAAGAUAUAGUGAAAUAUUAUUUACUUUAUAAAUAUUUUAAUAAUUUAACAGGGUGGUUCUGUGUUUAGGUAUACAAAAAAAGAUGCUGCUUAAAAUUAACCUAAAAGUUGUAUUUGUUAUUAGAUAUGAGAACAGUGUGAAAUGUUGGUUCUUAAAGUAGAUCUUCUGUUUACUAUUUUGAUUUUUGGCUCAUUCAGGGGGACAUAGAUAAAUAAUUUAAUAUAAACGAAAGGGUAUUUCAUGGGUCUAUAUUUUGAAGAUAAGUUUACUUGUUUUCUAUUAGUUCUUUAAAUUAUUAAAGCGAAACUUAAAAAUACAUAAGUUAAAUAAGCAUUAACCAGUGUCUUCAGUUUCUGAACUCCAAAAUAAAAAUUUAGUUUCUAAUAAAAAUAAAUAGAGGCCUAGAAAUAUUGUUAAAACAUUUCACAUUUCAGUUUCUUCCAUAUUUCAUAAGAUGAAGAUGAGCAGGUUCAGACAACAUAAGGGACUUCAUUCUUUGAAGAAGGCAAAUUUUGACAAAGACAACAAGUUAGUUUUUUUUAAAGUUUCAUUAAUUUAAAAUUCAGAACUUUACUUCUCAAACCUCUACUUUAAUUUCAUAGUACAAAAAGUACCAAACAAAUUAAUGUCUACAAAACACUCUUCAGACAAGCUACAAGUCCAUCACGAUUUGUAUUUUGUAUCGUAAGGAAAUAUUAGUUAUUUCUUUUCCAAAUUGAAGAGGAAACCUUUUACCGAAAGCAGUAAUGAAGUUCAGCUUUCAGUUGAAUGAAAAAACAUGAUCAACUGUCAUUUUAAUAGAAGUAGACUUGAAUUAAUAGUUAGGGAGAUUGGGCGAAUUCACAAAGCUAGUGACUACGUAGUCAAUAUUCAACUAGCUUUGUGAAUGCAAAAUUGCACUACAAAGCUUGUCAAUCCGGAACUGUCAUAUUAAUGACAAAUACAAAUAAGAAACAUUUGUCAUUUCAGAACUUUAAAUAGUUUUUGUUUUUGCUUUUUAAAUUCAAUUAAACCAAAUAUAGAAGAUAUAUGAUUAAUAUAUAUAAUUGUAUUUAAAUACCGACAGAUUCAUAUUAUUUUGAUUCUUGUGUCCUUACCGAGAAAAUGAUUGUGAAACGUCAAAACCAGUGUGCAUUAACUUUGUAGCCGAAAUUUUUACACUACGUCUCAGGGGAAAUUUCAACUACUUUUGCAAUUAAAUUUAGCCAAUCAGAAUCCCUUAACUUUGUCGCCACUAGCUUUGUAAAUGCGAUCAUUUUUCGUGACCAACUUUCCAUUACUUCCAUUACACUUUUUUGGCAGCUGGUCAAUCAAGUACUAGAAACUUGCCUAACUUUCAAGUGCCUUAUGUCGUCUGAACCUGUCCAUUUUUACUUUUUUAUCUUCCUAAACAAAGAUAGAAAUCUAAAAAAAAUCAUACAAAACGCGUCUUAAAAUAAAAGUAGACAACAAAUCAAGAAAGUCUAAAGUGGAAAUGUGUAUUUUUGCUUAUAAAUAAGAUUUGGUGACUCUAAAAAAUAUAGAAGACAGAAAUAUCACUCCCGAUUUGUAAAACUAAUUCCAAUUUUCUUUCACAUUGUCCAAAGGGUAAAUUCUCGAUCUGUAAAGCUUUGAAAAGAUAAUUUAUUUAAAACUUUAACGUUUAUUCCAAAUUUCGAUUCCAAAGCUGGCUUUUUAAAAGAAAAUAAAUAGAUUUUAGUAGUACCCGUGGCGUAAGGACCUGUUUUCAGUCCCUGCAUGUGCCAGCAAAAGCCUUUUUUCACUGUUACUGCCUCUUGCGAGGUAUUGAUAAAUCCUCUAAUAGUAAUUCUUAUCGUAAAAUGUGCUUUUUCAUAAAACUCCUUCAUCAGGGAUUAUUGUCUAUGUUCAAUCUCGUGCUGGAUAGGGUAUCAUGAAAAGGUGGAUUUUUAGAUACCUUGUUGAACGAGUUGUAUAGCUGUAUUAAGUUAGCUGUCAAACCUGGCAAAUUGGUCAUCUACAAAACGAGAACAAAAUAAGUCAAUUUUGAAUUUUUAAAAAAAUUAAUAAUUGGCUUCUAAAAUUCGGAGGCAAAUAGCUUCUUCAUCGUCUUUUAUGUACAGAACAUCCUCAAAUACAACUUCAACUAACAUUUUGUAUAAUUUUGUUUACCAGCAAAUAGAAAAUGCUGAAAUCAAUUUUCGAGUUUCUUGAAAUGCAACCAUGAGUUGAAUAAGCUGUUCUCUCAGAUACCUACGUACCCCAGAAAUUCUUGGAUACCUUUGGAUCCCUUUUUGACAUUUCAGCUGUUUUUGGUCAGCUGUAAAACACGGUAAAAAAUGGUAUCCGGAUACCCUAUCUAUAGUCACUUGGUCUUAGUUCUCAACGAACUGUCACGCUACUUUAUUUAUUUAUUUAUUUGAAAUGGAUUUUAAAUUCAUGAUAAAGAGAAAGUUAUGAAACGAUACUAGUUUAGUGAUUAAAAAUGUAAACAAAAUUUAAACGUUCUACAAAAGGCUAAGAUUUCAAAAUAAUUUAUUUAUUUUUAUUUUUGUACAUGGGUACUUUUAUGAACUAAAUACUUAGACAUAAGUUCAGCUUAACUUUUAUUCCUUUAUAUAGAAUUCGACUUGAUAAGUUUCACACUCCUACAAUGUGUAUAAUAAAAUAACAAUGGGCAGGCUCAGACAACAAAAGGGGCUUCAUUUGCAAUCAACUUCAUUCUUUGAACGUAAAUUUUGACCAAUCAACUAGUUAGUUUUUGAAGUGUCAUAUAAACCUCCACUUCAAGUUCAUAGUACAAAAACUACCAAAAUCAUUAUUGUCUACGGAACAAUCAUUAGGCAAGCUACAAGUCCAUCACGAUUUGUAUUUGGUAUUGUAAAGAAAUAUUACUUAUUUUUUUUCCAAAUUUACAAGGAAGCUUUUUACAGAAAGCAUUAAAUUAAGGUAUGCAGAAAAUAAAUAAAACAAAGAGUAAUAAAGUUCAGCUUUCGGGUGAAUAAAAAACAUGAUCAAUUGUCAUUUUGACAGAACUAGAAUUGAUUUUUCUUGACGAACUUUCCAGUAAACUUUCCAUUAAAGUUGCCUUAAUUGGAAGCUAAUUUUUUUGGCAGCUGGCCAAUUAGAUAAUAAUAAUGCCUAACUUUCAAGUCCCUUAUGUAGGCUGAACCUGCCCAAUAUCAUGUUUUGUAAAGUGGACUUGGCUCUUGUAGGAUUGCAAACAUAAUCAACGCGCGAUGUUCCUCCGUAUUGUGCGUCAGCUUCCCACAUGAUUUGGAGAUUGAUUAAGUGCCCAUUUUGUCCACCGAGUAAAAUAUAUGUUCCACUUCUCUUUAAGAAGUUGACACUUUAAUGUGGCUACCAUUAAGGAGUUCUAAAACCGUGCGAAAUUUAUAUUGUGCGUAGAAUAUUGAUUCUGUAGCUAAAAGCCAUUCCUAGGAGAACGCUUUAAUAAUCUGUGUUAGUUUCUAAAAAGAACAUAAUUAUUAAACAAGCCAAAAAAUAAACUAAUCAGCCAAAAAAUAAAGCUCAUCAGUAAUUCUUUUAUUAACUCGUGUAUAUUUGAACUAAUAUUUCUGAACUUUAAUCGUGCAACGCAGAUUGAUGAUUUUUUAUAAAAGUCUGUGAAAAAAUGAAAUGAAAAUAACUCUGUGAAAACUCUCAUAUCGAGAAUUGACCCCCAGGAAACACAAUACACAAAAGAAAUUUAAUUAAUCAAUUAAGUAAAUAAGACCACUAUCAUUUAUGAAUUUCCGUUUUUAUCAAACAUACUGCCGAUCAAAAAAUAUCAAAAUAAGUUCCCCUUAUCCAAAAACUUUACUUUCAUUUUCUUAACUAGAUUUCUUUAUACAAAAAUGCUAAACUUAGACAGUAUAGUUUAAAACCUUAGUUUCAACUUAUUAAUGCUUUUUGAAGAGGCUAUGUAAUAAAUAAUAAAAAUACAUCCUUUUUCAUCUACAAGGAGAAAAAUUCCAAAAAUUAAACUGCCCUAAUACGUGGAGUACCAAAAAGGCUAACAAUUACUUUAUAAGUUUAUUCUUUCGAUCGUUAUAAGGGCUUUGGCUUUGUUUUUGAACACAAUCUUAGUGUGCAUGUGCAAAACUUUGUAACAUCUUAUCUUUAUGAAUAAUGUUUUUGAUCUUUUGUUACUUCCUGAUUUAUCUCAUUUUAAUGUAAAAUCUAAUCUUGUUGCUCAAUGAACCACCCUCUUUAAAUUUGUUUUAUAUAAAAUUUAUAAUCGCAGUGCAUAAAAGUAUAUAUGUAGAACAAUAUAUCAAGUUUAUUUAUUUUGUUUUGUUCACUAUCACAAACUCGGUGCUGAGAAAUAAAAGAAGAAAAUACAUAUACCUAUAAGUAUGGAUGUACAGUAGAUACAUAAAAAUAUAAAUAAUAAUUACUAAUUUUAUUAUGUUGCUAAUUUAUUCUGUGAUUUAUUUAAGUAAAUUGCCAAUUACUUUGUAUUUAAAGAUUAGUUCCAUUAAUAAGUAAAUAGAAAGAUAGAAAAAUAUGAAUUAUAUUACAUACAACAAGAAUUUAUUCAUAUUUCAAGAAUAAGCAAUUUUUGUUGUUUAUUUUUUAUUAUAUUUUAAACAAAAAAAAACCUUCGUGUGUAAACAUUCCCUUUGUUUAAUAAAGUGGUCUAAUGAGAGGAUUGAUUUUGUAAUUAUUGUAAAGAUGAUUAAAAAUUAGAUUUGUGUAUGAUUGUUUUUCUUUUUGUGACAAUAAUUACAAUUAAAACCUUGGUGCUUUUGAAAAGAAAAGAAAAAUGUAUAUUUAAAAAAUCUAUCAAUUUUAUUUUGUUGAUAAAAUUUAAGUUAAGUUUAUGAUAUCCAAAUAAAAACAACGGUGCGGACAAAAUCCCAAAAAUAUGAUAUGACAAUAAUAUUAUUAGGUUAUUAAGAUAGAACAAAAACAAAACAUUUAUUCUUUAAAAAUGAAAAAAAAAAAUACAUAUGUUAUGGAAUAUAAAAACAUUUAUCAUAGAAACAAAAAAAUACAAUAUUAUAAAAUUUCUUUGUACUUUUAAAAUAAAAUACAAAUAUUUAUCUUGUAAAAAUGUUUAAACAAAAAAAGAUAUAUAAGAAUACAUACACAAAAAUACCAUGUACAAUCUUUGAGAAAUAAAGUUAUAUUAUAGCAGUAAUGUAAAAA